AUGCACAAUUCUCCACCAAUCCUCUCUUCCACCAGCGGCUGGCUGCUUUCAGGAUUCUUCGCGACUUCAUAUGUUGCGUCUUUGUACAUGUUUCGCGCCGGACGCCUCGUCUUUACAGCCCAACAAACGGAAGUCGGGCCCAACGCGAGUCGUGCACGGGCUGAGAAUGAACGCUGGAGAAAUGACCCAUCUACGAUACGUGCAAGAAUUCUUAGUGUCAGCAUCAGCACCGCCGUCAGCUGUGGCGUCGUUUAUGCUGUUGUAACAAAAGCUGGUUCAUGGCAGUGGGGGGACAAGGAAUCGAUUCAACAAACUCUGCAUCUUCUGGGGCUCUCCUUGCCAACUUCGGUCCCUCUAGGUGCUUGGUUCCUUGCACCGCUAAUGUAUACGGGAACCAUAUAUGUCCAGUUGCUUGAUAAAGAACUGCCUCUCCAACGAAACUGGUCGUUUGCAGAGUCGGUCAAGCCGAUAUUCACAACAUGGAUGGGCUUCCGAAACAUUAUUGCCGCUCCUAUCACAGAAGAGAUUGUAUAUCGCUCCUGCAUAGUGGGAAUCAUGAAACUCUCCGGGGCAUCGACCUCGUCCAUGAUCUUUCUUAGCCCGCUUUGGUUUGGUGCAGCACAUCUCCAUCAUGGAUGGGACUUAUAUAAUCGGUUCGGAAAGACGAGGAGCGCACUCAAACGCGCUGCAAUGAGCGUCGCCUUUCAGCAGCUUUAUACCAGUAUUUUUGGGUGGUUUGAAGCAUUUCUCCUCCUAAGAACAGGUUCAACAUGGCCCUGUAUAUUUGCACAUGCAUUUUGCAAUCUUUAUGGAGUCCCGCUACCCAUGGACGGAAUUAGGGACCAUCCCAAACGCAAGAUUGACAUUCUCGGUGCUUACCUACUGGGGGCAGUCUCUUUCGGCUUCGCACUCAUGCCUUGGACGCGGAAUUGA